AUGGACACAGCAGGAAACUUCGACUCUCGGGAGACUCUAGGAUGUGGCAUUAGUGUCUUUGCUCUUAGUACUUUGCUGAGCUCGGUGCAAAUUUAUCAGCUGGAAAAUGAUAUCGGAAUGGACAACCUUCUGAACCUCCAGAUUUUCAAUGGGAAUGGCCAGCUCUCUCUCGAUGUAAGAGAUGAGAAACCUUUUCAGCACCUGCUGAUCCUGGUGACGGAUCAGUCUAAUGGAAACUACCCGUACGGCAGUGAAGGAGGAAAGGAGCUCCUAGACGAGAGGCUGCAGAUUUUCAAUGGGAAUGGCCAGCUCUCUCUCGAUGUAAGAGAUGAGAAACCUUUUCAGCACCUGCUGAUCCUGGUGACGGAUCAGUCUAAUGGAAACUACCCGUACGGCAGUGAAGGAGGAAAGGAGCUCCUAGACGAGAGGCUGCAGAACGCUGGGAAACGGAGAGAACUCAGAGAAGUAAUCGAAGACAUAAAAGAAUGCUUCUCAGAAAUCAGCGGUUUCUUGAUGCCAUAUCCGGGGGAGAAAGCAAGUGGAGAUCCAGAUUUAAAUUGUUUCCUUUCUGACAAAGAAAAUUACUUCAAAGAGCACCUGCAAGAGUUGGUGUCUAAGCUGUUCUCUCCAGAAAAGUUGGUUCCCAAGAGGAUUGCAGGGAGGCAAAUAACUUGCCGGGAACUCUUUCAGUAUUUUAAGUGUUACGUGAGAAUUUAUAACGCUCGAAAGGACAGAGCUGGAUCUGAGAUCAUUUUCGAGGCCACAGCAGACGUCCAACAUCAGAUUGCCUGCGAUAAAGCGACGGAGCAAUACAAGAAACAAAUGGAUAACCUUCUCAAAGGAGCACCAGUCCCGAUUCAUAGGAAGCUGGACGAAUUGCACGCCAAAUACAAAGCAAAAGCAAUUGAUACGUUUUCAAGGUCGAAGAAGCUGGGUGGCAAAGAACUUUUAGGAAGAUACCGAGAUAUUUUGGAAAAGAAUUUGAACGAACUAUACCAGAGAUACAAGAUACAAAGGGAUGCAAGAGAAGAAAAAAGUAUUUCGGAACUCCAGGAAGCCAAGACUUUUGCUUUGGAACAACACAGGCAGAAUAUGGCUGCAUUGAUCCUAAAAAUCCCUAUAGUGACCCAAGAGGAGCUAAUGGAAAAAAGCCAAGAUGUGAAGAAAUCUGUAAUCCAAACCUACCAAAAGAAAAGCGUAACAGUCAACAAAAGCGUUUUCAGCAAUAAGAUGAAGGAGUUGGAGAAGUGCGUGGGUGACGAGUAUAAGAGAUUCAAAGAGUUGAGGCAGUCAAAAGAGAGAAAGGCUGAAAUGGAACUCAUGAAUGCCGUGGAAGAGGCAAUUAGCAAAUAUAGGAAUAUGUUCCCAUUGCCCGGACGAUACUUGAGUGAAGAGGAAUUAAAAGAUAAGCAUCUCGACUAUUAUCGACAAGCAAUGGAAUACUUCUUAGAGACAGGGAAGCGCUAUCCGCACAUUUCGAAGAGAUAUAGGGAAAAGUUGAAAAAGGUCAAAUAA